AAAUGGCUAAUCCAAGCAAGAUGAAUCCACACGAUCGGCAUGAUGAGUACGCAUCGGAGAGCUAUUUGCGCCGGAUAAAGGCCGAAAUUCGAAAGACAAAUAAACCUAUUAUGGAAAAGAAACGUCGCGCACGUAUCAACAACUAUCUAAACGAUCUCAAAUCAUUGCUGUUGGACGCAAUGAAAAAGGACCCAGUCCGUCAUUCCAAGCUUGAGAAAGCGGACAUUCUCGACCUCACCGUGAAGCAUCUGCAGGACAUCGAACGUCGCCGAUUAAACGUGGCAAUGGCUGUCGAUCCGUCGGUGCCGGAAAAGUUCGCCAACGGUUACCGAGAGUGUAUCGAUGAAAUUGGCAAGUACUUUGACACGCUCGGGUCGGUGGACGAAGGACUAAAGGCGCGCGUUCGAAAGCACCUCGAAAGCUGUCUCACCUUUCAGCCAGGCAAACCGUUCCCGGUUGGGGCACCGUUCGGGUUUGCCGGUGUUCCACUACAAUCGCCGGACGACAUCAACAACAACAGCAACGGGUUGCUGAACCGUACCUUUGCCAACAACCUGUCGCUAAUGUUCCCGGCGGGCAUUCCUUUUCCCACCGGCGAAACAUCGACGAUUCCAUUCCAUCCGUUUCCUUUCUUUGGACCGCUGCGUGGUGCGACCCUACCUGCCCCUGCCUUCCCGGCUUACGGAAAAGAACCACUGGCACCCCAUACACGACCACCAGCGAAAGAGCCACAGGAGGAUAGACCUCCCAGUACUUCCCUUACCGUGCCCAGUCCACCGGCAAGCCCUACGAACGUUGAUGGAACGAUGGAUGGUACGACGCUUAAAACUCCGAUGGGAAAAACGGGCACACUGAGCGAACACAAUAUGGACCGACUUUUGUCCAUCUUUCCAACACCACCCUCACCGGAAGAGCAGCCGAGUCGAAGUCGGUUGGGGAAGUUGGGACACCAUUUCAGCGGCUCACCCUUCGUGCCGACGAAACGUUCUAGGAUGAGUGCGACUGAAGAAGACACUACCAUGGAGAGGGACGAGAGCGAAGAACAAGCCGAAAGCAGUCAAGGCCAAGAACGAAAGGAAAACGUCGAUGAUGAUGGGAAGGAUAAUCCGAACAGUGAGAUGUGGCGACCUUGGUAAAAUGUGUGCCCGACGGCGAAACUAAUCUUCGGCAGGGUUUCAGUCGUCCUUCGAUUUCAACUCAAAGCUUUAAGACAACAAACCUGGACGAAUGCUUUAACUAUACGAGUAAGAUGUG